AUGUUUGGACGACUAGUGAGGCCCUCGGUUAGGACCUUUUCGAGGGUGCGGCCAGCCAUGAAUGCGGCUGCGGAUCUCAAGCAGAUUGACGAGAAGUUGAAGCAGCUCCAAGAGGAGUCUCAACUGAACUUGGACGAUGGCUCGCUGAUCACAAGACCUGAUCUUUGGAAAGGUCUUCCCGACUCUAAAGUGUUUGAGCUGUACCAACAGCGUAAGACUCUUCUUGGAACCGAAUAUAAGAGGGACAAGGAUGAGCUAGAGGCCAUUGUUGCCGCUACUCCGGACGUUUACAGUGCCGAAAUGGCCACCCAACUUUACAAUGCUGAGGAAGGAGACAUGUUCAGAAACGAGCCUAAUUUCCAAUCGAACGCCUACCACCGCAGUGGAGGUUUCCUUGCCGACGAGAUUGAACAGGAUGAGUAUGACGAAUACCCAACAGAGGUUCAGGAACGAGUGGAGAACUUCAGAGACCACUUGGAGUUCAACAGAAUGGCUGCCUACGAGUUACCUUUGCUCACCAAAUACAGAAAGGAGUACGUGCCCCCAAAGAAAGGCGAGAAACCAGUGCUGUACCGUUACACCAAGUUUUUCGGAGAAAGCCAUCCUGGGGAGCGGAAAGUGAGCGUUUCUGUUAGAUUGUCUGAGUUGAAGCUGACUCCAGAACAGAGCCACAAGUUCAAGCUGCUGGCCGGUGUUAGAUACGAUCAUGCAACAGACGUGUUCAAGAUGUCCAGCGAUAAGUAUCCGGAACCUGCACAGAACGCGUCGUUCUUGUCGGAUGUGAUGGAUGAUUUGGUGGCCGAAGCGAAAAGCCAUCCUGAGGAGUUUGCCGAUACUCCUCUCGACAAGAGACACACAGUCGCAAAGUACAAGAAGAAGCAGCAGCGCAAGAGACGGGUCUACGAGUUCCCGAAGGAAUGGGAGCGGCCAAUCACUUCCGGCUCGAGAAAGGUGGAGUUGAAGCAGAUACUGACCGAGUAA